AUGGCAAUGAAAUUGAUUGUCCUCGCUGCCUUAGCUCUCACGCUAGUUGCAGCAUCCAAAACUCGUGUUAAUCAAGCUGAACUUAAUUUCAAGCAAGAACUCGCGGCAGUUCUUCUCCAAUAUUAUGAACCUGAAGACUAUUCAACAUGUGAUUGUUAUAAGAACGCCGACCCAGAAAUGACUUAUAAAGAAACUAUUAUGUAUCUCCAACAAAUCUCUUUAGGCCUAAUCUCCUGCACUUGUGAUGAACAAGAAAAAGACGAAAGCUUAGUUGAAGCAACUGACGGAAACAUUGAUGAAGACUAUCUUGAAGAAGCUGCCUCCGAUUCAGCAUCUACCACUGACUUACCUGAACAAGCAGCUGAAAAUACAGCAAGUACUGAUGUCGAUACCUCAGAAGAGCCUGCAGACGAAGAUACAGCCUCUGAUGGAGAAACAUCUGCUGAAGAAAGCACUCCAGUAGAAGAAAGCUCUUAUGAAGAGCAACAAGCUGAAGAAACCUCAUCAGGAGAAACUGUUGAAUCAGAAGAAGAUAGCGCCACUGGAUGGUCAUCUGAGACUAUUACAGAAGAAAGCACUGAGGAAGAGACUGUUAGCGAAGAAGAAAGCUACCCAUCUCAAUCUGAAGAAGAAUCCCAAGCUGAAGAACAAUAUGAGGAAUCUCAAGCUGAAGAACAAGCACCAGCUGAGGAACAAACCCAAUCAGAAGAAGCAGCAGCUGAGGAACAAGCUCAAGCUGAAGAGCAAACCCAAUCAGAAGAAUCCCAAGCUGAAGAGCAAUAUGAGGAAUCUCAAGCUGAAGAAGAGGCAGCAGCAGAAGAACAAACUCAAGCUGAAGAAUCCCAAGCUGAGGAGCAACAUGAGGAAUCUCAAGCUGAAGAACAAGCACCAGCUGAAGAACAAACUCAAUCAGAAGAAUCCCAAGCUGAAGAGCAAUAUGAGGAAGCUCAAUCAGAAGAAUCCCAAGCUGAGGAACAAACCCAAUCAGAAGAAUCCCAAGCUGAGGAACAAACCCAAUCAGAAGAAUCCCAAGCUGAGGAGCAAACCCAAUCAGAAGAAUCCCAAGCUGAAGAACAAGCACCAGCUGAAGAAUCCCAAGCUGAAGAACAAGCAGCAGCUGAGGAACAAUAUGAGGAAUCUCAAGCUGAAGAACAAGCACCAGCUGAGGAACAAACCCAAUCAGAAGAAGCAGCAGCUGAAGAGCAAUAUGAGGAAUCUCAAGCUGAAGAACAAGCACCAGCAGAAGAACAAACUCAAGCUGAAGAAUCCCAAGCUGAGGAACAAUAUGAGGAAUCACAAGCUGAAGAGCAAGCACAAGCUGAAGAACAAACUCAAGCUGAAGAAGAAGCAGCAGCUGAAGAACAACAUGAGGAAUCUCAAGCUGAAGAACAAGCACCAGCUGAAGAACAAACCCAAUCAGAAGAAGCUGCAGCUGAAGAGCAAUCUCCUGCUGAAGAACAAACCCAAUCAGAAGAAUCCCAAGCUGAAGAGCAAUAUGAGGAAGCCCAGGCUGAAGAACAAACCCAAUCAGAGGAAUCCCAAGCUGAAGAACAAGCUCAAGCUGAAGAAUCCCAAGCUGAAGAAGAAUCCCAAGCUGAGGAACAAUAUGAGGAAGCUCAAGCUGAAGAGCAAGCGCCAGCUGAAGAAGAGGCAGCAGCUGAAGAAGAAUCCCAAGCUGAAGAGCAAUAUGAGGAAUCUCAAGCUGAAGAACAAGCAUCAGCAGAAGAACAAACUCAAGCUGAAGAAUCCCAAGCUGAGGAACAACAUGAGGAAUCUCAAGCUGAAGAACAAGCUCCAGCUGAAGAAUCCCAAGCUGAAGAAGAAGCAGCAGCUGAGGAACAACAUGAGGAAUCGCAAGCUGAAGAACAAGCACCAGCUGAAGAAGAGGCAGCAGCUGAAGAACAACAUGAGGAAUCUCAAACUGAAGAAUCCCAAGCUGAGGAACAAUAUGAGGAAUCUCAAGCUGAAGAGCAAGCUCCAGCUGAAGAACAAACCCAAUCAGAAGAAUCCCAAGCUGAAGAACAAGCACCAGCUGAGGAACAAUAUGAGGAAGCCCAAGCUGAAGAACAAACUCAAUCAGAGGAAUCCCAAGCUGAAGAAUCCCAAGCUGAGGAACAAUAUGAGGAAUCACAAGCUGAAGAGCAAGCACCAGCUGAAGAACAAACUCAAUCAGAAGAAUCCCAAGCUGAGGAACAACAUGAGGAAUCUCAAGCUGAAGAACAAGCUCCAGCUGAAGAAGAGGCAGCAGCUGAAGAAGAAUCCCAAGCUGAAGAGCAACAUGAGGAAGCUCAAACUGAAGAAUCUCAAGCUGAGGAACAAUAUGAGGAAUCACAAGCUGAAGAACAAGCAGCAGCUGAAGAACAAGCAGCAGCUGAAGAAGAAUCCCAAGCUGAAGAACAACAUGAGGAAUCUCAAGCUGAAGAACAAGCUCCAGCUGAAGAAGAGGCAGCAGCUGAAGAAGAAUCCCAAGCUGAAGAGCAACAUGAGGAAUCUCAAGCUGAAGAGCAAGCUCCAGCCGAGGAAACUCAAGCUGAAGAAGAAGCUCAAGCUGAAGAGCAGCAUGAGGAAUCCCAAGCUGAAGAACAAGCUCCAGCUGAAGAAGAAGCAGCAGCUGAAGAGGAAGCUGAAGCUGAAGAGCAACAUGAGGAAUCUCAAGCUGAAGAACAAGCUCCAGCUGAAGAAGAGGCAGCAGCUGAAGAAGAAGCAGCAGCUGAAGAACAACAUGAGGAAUCUCAAGCUGAAGAACAAACUCAAGCUGAAGAGGAAGCUGAAGCUGAAGAGCAACAUGAGGAAUCUCAAGCUGAAGAAGAGGCAGCAGCUGAAGAAGAAGCAGCAGCUGAAGAAGAAGCAGCAGCUGAAGAGCAACAUGAGGAAUCUCAAGCUGAAGAAGAAACUCAAGCUGAAGAACAAUAUGAAGAAGCUAGCUCUGAAGAGCAAGCUCCAGCUGAGGAAACUCAAGCUGAAGAACAAACCCAAUCAGAAGAAGCAGCAGCUGAAGAACAAUAUGAGGAAUCUCAAGCUGAAGAACAAGCUCCAGCUGAAGAAGAGGCAGCAGCUGAAGAAGAAACUCAAGCUGAAGAGCAACAUGAGGAAUCUCAAGCUGAAGAACAAGCUCCAGCUGAAGAAGAGGCAGCAGCUGAAGAAGAAUCCCAAGCUGAAGAACAACAUGAGGAAUCUCAAGCUGAAGAGCAACAUGAGGAAUCCCAAGCUGAAGAACAAGCUCCAGCUGAAGAAGAAGCAGCAGCUGAAGAAGAAUCUCAAGCUGAAGAACAACAUGAGGAAUCUCAAGCUGAAGAAGAAACUCAAGCUGAAGAGCAACAUGAGGAAUCUCAAGCUGAAGAACAAGCUCCAGCUGAAGAAGAAUCCCAAGCUGAAGAACAACAUGAGGAAUCCCAAACUGAAGAAGAAACUCAAGCUGAAGAGCAACAUGAGGAAUCCCAAGCUGAAGAACAAGCUCCAGCUGAAGAAGAAUCCCAAGUUGAAGAACAAUAUGAGGAAUCCCAAGCUGAAGAACAAGCUCCAGCUGAAGAAGAGGCAGCAGCUGAAGAACAACAUGAGGAAUCUCAAGCUGAAGAAGAAGCAGCAGCUGAAGAACAACAUGAGGAAUCUCAAGCUGAAGAACAAGCUCCAGCUGAAGAAGAGGCAGCAGCUGAAGAAGAAUCCCAAGCUGAAGAGCAACAUGAGGAAUCUCAAGCUGAAGAAGAGGCAGCAGCUGAAGAAGAAGAAGCAGCAGCUGAAGAACAACAUGAGGAAUCUCAAGCUGAAGAACAGGCUCCAGCUGAAGAAGAGGCAGCAGCUGAAGAAGAAUCCCAAGCUGAAGAACAACAUGAGGAAUCUCAAGCUGAAGAACAAGCUCCAGCUGAAGAAGAGGCAGCAGCUGAAGAAGAAUCCCAAGCUGAAGAGCAACAUGAGGAAUCCCAAGCUGAAGAAGAAUCCCAAGCUGAAGAGCAACAUGAGGAAUCCCAAGCUGAAGAAGAGGCAGCAGCUGAAGAAGAAGCAGCAGCUGAAGAACAACAUGAGGAAUCUCAAGCUGAAGAACAAGCUCCAGCUGAAGAAGAGGCAGCAGCUGAAGAAGAAUCUCAAGCUGAAGAGCAACAUGAGGAAUCCCAAGCUGAAGAACAAGCUCCAGCUGAAGAAGAAGCAGCAGCUGAAGAAGAAUCCCAAGCUGAAGAGCAACAUGAGGAAUCCCAAGCUGAAGAACAAGCUCCAGCUGAAGAAGAGGCAGCAGCUGAAGAAGAAUCCCAAGCUGAAGAGCAACAUGAGGAAUCUCAAGCUGAAGAACAACAUGAGGAAUCUCAAGCUGAAGAAGAAGCAGCAGCUGAAGAAGAAUCCCAAGCUGAAGAACAACAUGAGGAAUCUCAAGCUGAAGAAGAAUCCCAAGCUGAAGAAGAAACUCAAGCUGAAGAACAACAUGAAGAGGCUCAAGCUGAAGAGGAAGCACCAGCUGAGGAACAAUAUGAAGAAGCUAGCUCUGAAGAGCAAGCCCAAGCUGAAGAACAAACCCAAUCAGAAGAAGCUCAAUCUGAAGAGCAACACGAAGAGGCUCAAGCCGAAGAGCAACAUGAGGAAUCUCAAGCUGAAGAGCAAACUCAAUCAGAGGAAGCUCAAGCUGAAGAACAAACCCAAGCUGAAGAACAAACCCACGGUGAAGAAGAGCAAGAACCAGCUAAAGAAGAUGAUGAAGAAUGCGAUGGAUGCUCAACAGAAGUCGUAAUCACAAUCAGCAUUGACUGCGGUGGAGACUGCUAA